GAUGUGACAGUUAAUCUUUGAGAUUCUGUACAGAGUAACGUCUCCUCACUUCUUCUACUCGGGUGUUAUAAUACGAAUUUAAAGAAUAAUCUCACAUUUUGGACUAAAACUCGCUCGGAUAUUUUGUAAUGUGAGUAACAUCCUCAUUUUGGAAUAUUUGUCAAUCAUUUUUGGCGAUUGUAACUUAUUUUGCGCAAAGUAAAUGCAGGUGAGGUGUUUAACUUGAGCUAACGUUAAGUCGUCUCAUCUUAACCGCUAAUGUUUGGUUUUAACGGCCAAGAAGAUCGACAACUUCGCUGAAAUAUGGUUAUAUAUCAGCAUUUUAACAUCCGAUUGAGCAAUUCGUUACAUUUUUGUGAUUUUAAUCGGCGACAAACAGAAAAAAGUUGACAAUACCGGAGUUAACGAUAAGCUAACGGUCGUUUUAACGGUAACUGUUACCUGUUAACGUGGUGAAAAGGGGCGUGUGGGUGAAGUUUAGUCUUUAUUUCUCGCUUGCUGUGAAAAUAUCGCGCUUUUGUGGGUUGAAUGUGAUGAUUUGUGAAACUGGGUGACCUCCUGGUUGAGCUGUAAUCCCUCAGUGAAAGAGAAGCCGGUCUGUGGACAACACAGGAGGAUUUCUGCUCAUUGUCUCUGCUCGCUCUGUGGUUUGUGUCCACGACCAGACUCGUGAAAAGCUUGCAUUACUUUUCCAAAACUAUAGUUGUAUUUUCACAUUGAGCAGAAUAACUAAUGUGUGUUUUCUCAUCCUUACAGUGUGACAGCUCAAAGGCAUUAUCAGUGUGCUAUCAUCUAUCAUGGAGAAUUCCUCAGAUGACUACAGGAUCCAGGCUUUGGACCAAGAUACACAGACCCUACUGAAAACUGCUCUGAAAGGUUUGUAUAAUGGAGUAGUGUUGUGUCAUUUGCGAACGAUUUGUUCAAAAGAACCAGAUCUUUUAAGUGAAUGUACUGAACCGAAUCACUUCCUUGAGGGAUUCGUUCGUCUCUCACUCCAGUUGAGCCGAAGUGAGAAUGCACCGACGCCUGAAUCACUUGGUGAACGAAUCGCGCAUUGAACUCCGAUCUCUGGUAUCAUUUUUGUCGGACAAAACUACCUUUUUUUUCUCUGCUAAAUUGCCGCCACAACAACUAGCAUACAAUAGGACACAGCAUGUAACAAGUAGUGCAUAAAACCCGCAGCAUACUAUCAUUGCAGCGGUUUGCGAGGGAACAGUGCAUGUUCAGUUUGAAUUCUUCUAAACGUUAAGUGAACGAAUCACUCACUGACCAAAUAGCAUUCCAUAGGACAGUACACUUAAAACAUAAUGACUUAUAAAUAAGUUCAUUUUUACAAACCUGUUUGCCAAAGUAAUACAGACAAACACUCUCUUCAGCUGUGUAUCAGUUCAGUAGGUCGGAGUCGCAGGCUUCUCCCGCUAAAUGAUUCGGUGAACGAAUCUUUUGAAUGAAUCUUUGUAGUGGACUGAUUCUAGUGAUUCAGUACAUCUAAAGAACUGCAGUGCCCAUCACUAUAUUGGAGUAGUUUGGACAUUUCUGUGAAUCUCAAAAACGACACACAUAGUUAAUAUCAUGAUUACUAAACUGUUUGGUGGUAAUUUUGGCGCCGUGGGCAGGUGUUUAAUCCUGCAGAGAAAGGAAAUGAGCAUCUACACCAAAAGCUUGUCAGCAGAUGGCAGCAGAAAGUGCUCAAAACUCUCUUUUGACUUGGUGUAACAUGGCAGAAGAUGACAUGGCACCUCAAAUCAUCACAGACGACCCCCUCUCCAGACUCUAGGACCUUUAUUUCCCUAAGAAAUGCAAAAUCUUACUUGAACUGAAAAGGAGGACUUUGGACUACUGAGCAACUGCCUGGUUCUUUUUCUCUUGGGAUGGUGCUACAUGACUUUGUCUUUGGUUCAGGAGGGGCUUGACUUUAAAAAUGCGACAGCUUUAGCUCCAUACAGCACUCUGUGAACAGCCCCCCUUUUCAGCAGUGACCCCUGCAGCAGCAUCCUCCACUUGUGUGACCAUCUUUUGAGUCAGCUGUCUUCCCCAUGAGUGUGUUUGUGUGCACUGAACUAGAUUAGAGACACGUGGGACUGUUUGAAUUGACUAUUUCAAUAUUUUGAGGAAUUUAUCUGAACGUUUUUUGAGCUGCAGGUUGUAAAAAUCAAACUUAAAAUCAAAAACACUUGAAAUAUUUGAGUUUCUGCUGUUAGUAAUGAGUCUUGGAUAUAGUAAACGUCACCUCCUGGAAUAACUGAUGAAAAAUACAAAAACUUUUUUACAUAUUCUACUCUUUUGAGAUGAGUUACAUAUUACGAGCUGGUUUGGCAGUCAUCACAGCCUAUUUGGAGAAGCUCAUUAAGACGCUGUAGGACGUGAAUCAAGCCUGUUAGCAUGUUACAUGUGGGCUUAGAGCGGCUGAAAAUAGCCUGAACUUAAAAAAAUCUUCCUCAGGACAUGCUUUAUUUUUAGACAUUCACCACACAGACAAGGAUGUUAUUAUUUCUCAACUGUACAAGGUCUGUGUCAAAAAAAGAGCAGAGAAAAUCUGAAUUAGAGACACUUUAUUGAUUAGAUAAGAAACUUUGAAACUAGAUCAGAUAAAGAGCACAGUUAGACCGAUCAUCAAACUUAUUUUGAAGUUUCUGGAAGUUUAUUUAGCUGUAAAUAUCAUUGUAAUAGUCAUUUAAGACUCUCACCAUUUCAAACUUUGGUUACACUUCAUUUUUUCUUCCAGAUCCAAGUUCCGUCAACCUGGAGAAGGUGUCCAACAUCAUCAUGGAUCAGUCUCUGAAGGACCAGGUGUUCAGCAAAGAGGCCGGACGUAUCUGCUACACCAUCGUUCAGGUUCACUCUCUUCACUCUGCUUUAGUUUUUUUUAGUUUGUUUGGUCGAUACCCCGAGCAUCACCGGGACAGAAGGAUUUAAGAAACCAGAGCAGGACCCGAAAUAUCUGAUUGAGUCUCUUUAACCAAAUUCUUAAUCCUCUUAACUUAUUAAUGCCGAACUGGUUUUUUUACACUCGAGCCGCAGGAGGCGCUUAAGCCAGCUUACCCGCUCAACUUUGUUUCCUGACUUUUUCCUCCUCCGCGCCGGCCUCUGUGUGCGAAGGCCGAGGCCAAGCAGAGCAACGGGAGCGCGUUCAGGAGGAACCUGCUGAACCGGCUCCAGCAGGAAUUCAAGGACCGCGAGGAGACGAGGGAGCGCUCGCUGCAGGAGUGGGUUUGCUACGUCACGUUCAUCUGCAACGUCUUCGACUACCUCAAAGUGAGUCACUGUUACUCCCUACAAUACUUCUGCUCAAACACUCAGGGCUGUUUGAUGGUGAAGAACUACAUUACUUCAGUAUUAAUCACACUUUCCCCUUAUAUGUCGUUACAUUCAGGUCAACAACAUGCCGAUGGUAGCUCUGGUACAUCCCGUCUUUGACUGUCUGAUGAGGCUGGCCCAACCCGACGCUCUGAUGAAUGAGGAAGAGGUGAGGGAUGUUCUUGGUUUUAUCAGCCUGGUGUCUGAGGCCGUGUCUUUGCUGUAACAAACAAAUUAAAAAGUGGAGGAGAACCCGCUCUGACGUUUUGUUUCUCCUGCAGGUGGACUGCUUGGUGCUGCAGCUGCAUCGUAUCGGAGAGCAGCUGGAGAAGAUGAACGUCCAGCGCAUGGACGAGCUGUUUUUCCUGCUGCGGGACGGCUUCCUGCUCCAGGAGGGCCUCACCUCCAUGGCCCGUCUGCUGCUGCUGGAGAUCCUGGAGUUCAGGGCCGGAGGCUGGCUGCUCAGCGGCACCGCCCACAAGUACUACUACAGCGAAAUCGCCGACUAGCUGAGCCGACCCUGGAGCACCUUGAGUACCUCCUCCUCAUUCGAUGAUAAAACCAGCAAAGUUCUAACAGACAGAAACAUCCUCCAGAGAAUCAGUGAAGGGUUUUCUACAUAAGACUGAUUUUCAGACCGCUGGAUUUCUUCCCGCUUGGUAAAGUCGCUGAGAUGUGGCGCCCUGGAUGUGUUUAUGUGCAAUAGAUCACAAGGAGCUGAAGUUUUGUUUACGAGGUUUAGCCACAUUCAGGUAUUUUCGUUUUACAGUUUUACUAACAGCUGAAGAAGCUGAAGAUGUUUCUAUGUUGAUUUUUAUGAUCCUAAAAGCAUUCCUGUUCGGAGAAAACAUUUCAAAGUUUUUAACUAAAUCCAGACGGCGUAGAGCGGACGUUCCAGGCAGCUCCCAGCUGAUUUGGUCUUUGCUUUAUUUUUAUUGUUGAGUGACCAAUUCUAUAAUUUAAUUCCAAAACAUUACCUUACUUUUGUGUUUGGAUAUUUUAGUGUAGGAAAACAUUUUUCAGAGGUUUGAACUGCUGUUCGGAGUCAUUUUUUUUUCUGAUAGCACUCCUGAGUUACUGUUUUUAAAGUUCUGUCUGUCCUGUUUUAGGGAUAAUUUUAAAAAUCAGAUAUUUGACUGAUCAGCGAGUCAAAUUUUCCCCUGAUUUGGAUUGUUAAGCAAGCUCAACAAGCUCCAUCAAGAGAAAAACAGGAUCUUUGUAAUCAGCUGUCCAUGUUUCUCCUCUCAGAUAUGAGGAUGAUGCUUGUUGGAAGUGUUUCUUUGUAGAUUUCAGGCUCCACCAGCUCUCAUGUCGUGUACCUGAGCGAGCGCGUGGAUCCUCUGUGCCAGCUGGAGCUGUGCCGCAGAACUAGACAGACUUAAUACAUCUGACGUACCGGUCAUGUGUAAACAUGCCAAAAGAAAAAUUGUGAGACAAAUCAUCCUGUGAGUGAUCUGCAGAAAAACCCCAGCGAGUGUCAGAAUUAGAUUAUUUAAGACCUCAAAGUCAUGAUGUAUUUAUCUCCUAAAAUCCUUUAUUUUGUCAGGUUUGGAGACUUUUCACACAAUCUUUGAUAUUUGACACUGAAAAUAAGACAAACUGAGGCGAGGCUCUCGAGUGCUGGUCUCUCAGAGGGAAGUUUGGAUCCUCCAGACACAAAUACUCUCCAACAGGGACAGAACUGACUGUAAUAUCUGUUUCUAUGUUUUAUCAAACUGUUACAUUUUUAUUCCAUUUUUUAUGGCUGGGUUGUACAUUAAAUGCAAAUUUAUUUGUUCUAAUAAAUUUUGGAAGUUUUUCCUUUA